CGUCGGUUUCAGGAGCCGUUUGAGCGCGCGAUGUUAGAAUCACAACGGGCGUUUUUCGUAUGGCUAUCGAUGCAUCAUUGGAGCUUACAUGCUGACAAGUGGUAGAUCGUUCAGGAUAUGAACUUGCGACAGCCGUGCUUUCUGGCACAGCCUGCUUGGCGGGAGUUCCUGCGGGAUACGGAAGAUACUACAUCGGCACCUGCAAGUCGGGCGUCUGUUCUACGAUCGCAGCUUUGCGACUGGCUAGUGGAUGUUCCUCUGCUUCUUGAGAAAGUUUCGGGUAUCCAGCAUAGUGGAGGCUACGGGGCGAAGCUGGAGAGACUUGUGCAACGAGUCAUGAUCAUACAUGGCCAAAUAGAAGGAUGGUACCUCACCGAAGUGGUGCCGGCUGUUCCGUAUGUUCAACAACACGGGGACAAUAGUGCACCACUUUGCCCGUCGGCUGAGUAUUCGCAGCCCCUCAUGGGUGUACUGGAUUGUGUGGUAAACUCUACGCUCAUUGCCCUGGAAGAUGCCAUCUCCACCGCCGUGUCCCUGUUAUCCGAGUCGGAUGGUUCCCAUAAACCCAUCGACUACUCUAACACAAUUUGGAAACGACAGCAGACUAUCUUCAAUGCUCUUGAAUAUGUCCGGGGAUACUCCCCAGUGGCUGCCAAGCCCCUAGAAUUCGGUUUACAGCAGCUACGAUCACUCAGAGCAGAUCAAAAAGGCAUCUAUUGAACGAAGACUUUACCAAACAGAAUGAUAACACUAACACUCAAAC